CAUGCCUGCGGAGCCUACUAAAAUAUUCUGCCCACAGAAGCUUAAAUACUUCAUGCCUCACCACACACUGGGAAGAAGAAGACUGUUUCUUUCUCCCAAGGAACGUCACUGUGGGCCGGAGGAGUUGGCAGAAGAGUAGCAGCAGAGUCCCUCAUCGAUGCACCUGCCGUGUCCUCAUCACAGGUUCUGAGCAAAACCCAAGUGCAUCGUCAUUCUGGUAAACCAAACGGUCAAACCCAAUCACGCCCCUGAUGGAGAGGUUUCUGAGGAAGUACGACAAGGAGUGCAUGAAGAUGAUGAUGCUGAAGCAUGAAGAGACCUUCAGGCAACAGGUCCAUGAACUCCAUCGCUUGUAUAGAGUUCAGAAGCUUCUGAUGAGAGGCAUCAACACCGAGCAAAGGUUAGGCGGCUGCACUCAGCUUCACCUCGGCGAUGGCAGCAGCACUGCAGCGGAUUCAUGUCUUCCGAGCACCAGCCGCCGGCGGCGGCGGCGGCGUUGCCGGGUGCUCAAUCUUGAACUUCCAGCAGACGAGUACAUAGAAAGAGGUGAAGCAGAUGCAACGGUGGAGGUCGAACAGGAGGACGACAUAGAGCUGGCGCUGACCAUAGGAAGCGGCUGGAGGAAUUGGGAGGAGACUUACGAUUCCGGAGCGAGCUUCUCGUCGUCGUCCACCGGGUCUGGGGAGUUGAAGACGAGCGGACAUGGAUGGGAACUGCGGCAGGUGGAAGAUGUAAGCUUCAGCUACGGCAAUGGGUUUGAACUGGAAGCGCUGCGAGCGAGCAGGCUAAAGCAGCCGCCAUGGCACUUGCAGUGUUCGAGUCUUAGGAUGACUUGAUGUGAGCUUCUUUGGACUGUGCUUAGCGCUGAAUGAUGAUCAGUUGUGAUGCAUAAAAGAUUCAAAGAGUACAAUAAUUUCUGAUAUGAGAAUAAUGAUAAGACUAUCACAUCGAUGUGUCAGAUGAUCGAUACCUCGAUGUCAAUAUUGUAUGACCGACGUCUCCAAAGCUAUCAAAGCCAACACCUCAUAUGAAAGUUUGAUAGAUUAGUAUGAUUUGAUAC